CGACGUUCGGCGCCGCUGAGCCCGGCGCGCCGCGCGCGAGUGGCCGCCCCUCUGCUCGCCGGCUGUGAGGGCCCGGGGAGCGCGGACGCCAGGCGCGCCGGCCAUGACUCCCUGGGCGGGGGCCGAGCUCUCGGCGCUGAACCCGCUGCGCGCCGUGUGGCUCACGCUGGCCGCCGCCUUCCUGCUGACCCUGCUGCUACAGCUCGUGCCGCCCGGCCUGCUCCCGGGCUGCGCGCUCUUCCAGGACCUGAUCCGCUAUGGAAAAACCAAGCAAGGGGGCCCGCCGCGCCCGGCCGCCUGCCGGGCUUUUGAUGUCCCCAAGAGGUAUUUUUCUCACUUCUACAUCAUCUCGGUGCUGUGGAAUGGCUUCCUGCUUUGGAGCCUUACUCAAUCUCUGUUUGUGGGAGCGCCUUUUCCACACUGGCUCCAUGGUUUGCUCAGGAUUCUUGGGGCUGCGCAAUUCCGAGGGGGUGAGCUCGCGCUGUCUGCCUUCCUAGUGCUGGUGUUUCUGUGGCUGCACAGCCUGCGAAGACUCUUCGAGUGCUUCUAUGUCAGUGUCUUCUCCAAUGCCGUGAUUCACAUCGUGCAGUACUAUUUUGGACUUGUCUACUAUGUCCUUGUUGGCCUAACUGUGCUGAGCCAAGUGCCAAUGGACGGCAGGAAUGUAUAUGUGAUAGGGAAAAAUCUCUUGAUGCAAGCUCGGUGGUUCCACAUCCUCGGAAUGAUGAUGUUCAUCUGGUCAUCUGUCCAUCAGUAUAAGUGUCAUGUCAUUCUCGGCAAUCUCAGGAAAAAUAAAGCAGGAGUGGUCAUUCACUGUAACCACCGAAUCCCUUUUGGAGACUGGUUUGAAUACGUUUCUUCCCCUAACUACUUGGCAGAGCUGAUGAUCUACAUUUCCAUGGCUGUCACCUUUGGUUUCCACAACUUAACUUGGUGGCUCGUGGUAACAUACGUCUUCUUCAGCCAGGCCCUGUCUGCUUUCCUCAGCCACAAAUUCUACAAAAGCAAAUUCAUCUCCUACCCGAAGCAUAGGAAGGCUUUCCUACCAUUUCUGUUUUAAGAUAACCGCAAUUAUGAAGAAUGCACACCAGGUGACAGGUUCAGUUCCUAAGGACAACAAAGUCUAGGGACCAGAGUACAGUUUCUGUGGAACUGUUUGAAACUCUCUGUUCCAUUUCUGUUACCAGAAGUCUUCACUGCAUGAGCAAAGCAAUACCCCUCAAGAGCAUGGGUCUUGGGACUUCCCUGGCAGUCCAGUGGUGAACGCUCCGUGCUUCCCCUGCAGGGGGCAUGCGUUCGAUCCCUGGUCGGGGAACUGAGAUCCCACUUGCUGCGCAGCGUGGCCAAAGUAAAUAAAUAAAUAAAAUUGAAAAGAAAAAGAAAAUGAGUCUUCAGAGAAGGAAUACUUCUGGCAGACCUGGGAGUGCCGUGCCUGUUUUCUGAGAUGCUUUAUAAAACCAACCAACUGCUAAAAAACAGAUGAGACUUCUCCAAGCUGCUUCAGAGACAAACUAAAGCCAAGAAUAUAUGAACAGCUUCAAACAAGCACAUACACAAUGGAAGAGAUAAGGUGGCUUUGUUUUUGCUACAGGCAAAUUAACUGUACCACACAGCAAGCAGUACAGUAGGUGCUCAGUAACUGCCUGCUGCUGCCUGCUGCACUUCAGUCCAAGCAGACUAGCCUUUGAAAGUGACAACAAUGUAUAAUUUCACAGCAUUGGAUUCAGGGAGAAAUGAGUUUACUGAAGUUAGUUUAUACUUUUACUAAUUACCACAAAGAUAUCCGGUUAUGUAACCAUCAGUAGUCAUUUCUCCCUCAAAUCAUAGCCUAACAGAAAGUUUGAAACCUCUUUUAUUUAAAACUUUUUUUGACAUCCCUUUCUAAGGAGUGCCUUAUAAGGGAAAGCAUCUGAAAUAAAAUAUUUUUAUAUUUAUGCAUAAAAAGCUUUCAUGAAUGGAACUGACACUGUGUUGGAUAGUGCUGUAGCCUCCUUCAUAUGUAGUUAUUCAGAUUGGAUUAAUGUCUCCCUGAGUUUAUUUAACUAAUAGAAUGAAUCCAAAGAUAUUUAAAAAUAAAGUUUACACUUAAAAUAGCUUAUGUGAAAUAAAAUGUCCAUGAUUAAAUCAAGUGGAUGUAACUGCAUAGUGUGAAAAUAGAAAAUAAUACUAUAGCCUGAGCAAUGCAGUAAAAAUUGCACACUUGUGCAGCAUAAAGAUUUACUGGCUUAUUGGCUGAGGUAUUAACUGUGUUCCUUUUAUACAGAUGUCUUACUAUAGUCUUCUAGGUACUGAAGUUUUGCACUAAGAGGUACCAUGCUGUGGGGGAAAGCACCUCAUUAUUAACCAGACACGAAUGGAAUGCAAAGCCUAAGAAUAUCCUCCCCACCUGCAUCUCUGGAGUAGUAAACCAAAGCUGCUAAACAGGUUAUUUUUAAUCUGACUUUCAAUAUAUGUGUAUCAGCACAUAUUCUAAAGUCCUUAUAAUUCUGAAGUAGCAUUUUCUCACCAACAAUCAAAUACCACUUCCAUCAGCUGAUCCAUCUAAUAAAUGACAUUCAUUUCAGUUAUCAUUUAGAUUUGUCAUCCUCAGGACCACGACUCAGGAACAAAACUUUCUAUACCAGAAAUGUAAAGCAUGUUGCAUUUCGGUCUUAAUUUCCACACAAAAGCAUAAAUAAUUUUAGUGGCCUAUUAUUUGGGGAGAAAAAUGUAUUUUUCUUUAGCAUGCAAUUUUAUAUUAGGUUAGACUAGGAAUUUGGCUGCUGUUCUGAAAUUUCAUUGUACUUUUAAGUAAAAUAAUGAGUGUUGCCUGUGAAGAAGCCCAUUGGGCUGUGAGAGAGGCUUCCCAGCCUGCUCUAUACACGCUGUGUCCUUGCCAUCCUUCUCAGGCUUCUCCUGCAUCCUACUCUCCCUUCCCCUUCCUUGCCCAAACAUCGCAUUUCUAGGUGAAUACAAAAAAGGAAGUAGUGUUGUCCUCAAAGGGGUUCCGAACAAAGUUGUGUGAUCUUUGAUGAAAGCCCAACCGUGGAGGAAGGUUGAGAAUUGUGCUGUGUUUGCACGAUCACAAUCAGCAUUGCUCUUUGUGUUGGUGAAAAUAUUCCCUGUGCCUAAAGGGAGAGCACCAGAGAGUUUGCAAAUUCUUCACAUGGAUGAUCCAGACAUAGCUUGGGAGUAGGAAUUCUUGAUUUUCCUAUUGGCUCAGUUGAAUAGCUUUACUCUUUUAAUUCUGUUACUAUUACGUUCAGGGAAAUGAUACUCAAGUACCUCAUAACAGCAUUCCCUGGAUUAACUAGUGACUAUAAAAGUAGGCUGAAAAUAGCCUUUGUUUUUAAGUCUCGAAAUUGUAGCUCAUCCUCUAUGCUAACAUUUGCUUUCAGUGAGCAGGGAUUCUUUUCUCUCCACAAAGCUUUGUUCUGUAUUAUGUUCUUAAUUCAAUGAGUGGUUCUUGGUAGAAUUCCUAUCCAAAAAAAAAGCCUUUAUGGAUAUUUUUAUAUGAAGCUUAAUGGAUAGUUUAAGGAGACUGUAAACAUUUGCAUAACUAAAGUUACCUGAAAAUUCAAGGACCAUUGAUAAGUAACAUAUCUCAAAAUGAGCUGAUAUGUUAAAGGUCUUAAAAGAGUAAAUGAGCUAGUAGAAAUUUUUUACACCUAUCUAAGCAGUUUCUGCCCAUUUGCUUACAUUGCUUAUCAGAAAAAAAAAUUCUGAUUUUUUAACAGGAUCUUAGUUUAACCUAAGAUUUUUCUGAUAAAUGGACAAGAAACUGUGGAGGUGGCAGUGAUCCCUAAGUAAUUCAUGUGAUGCAUACUUCAUCAUUUUUCUCAAAUACCAGUGAUCUAGAAAGCCAUGUAUUGGUUUUGGGAAAACAAAGAGCUACCCUAUGCACAUAAUAUCAGGUCUCUUCCUUCAAAAAGACUGAACGCUUGAAGCGCUUAGAAGACAAAAGAACACAAGGGAUUUAUCUGCAGAAAGACAAAUCUGCCUUUUGAGUCUAGCCCUCUGGGUAAAACCUCAUAGCUCAUGUGCAGUUUUUAUCAGGGCUCCUUGGCCUACAUAGCAUCUUGCUGCAAAUUAGGAAAAUCGUUCCUCUAGGAACAUCCCCAUGAGAGCAGGGCAUGAACCUUUGUGGGCACAAAAGGCAGCUGGUGAUGGGACUGCAGCUCAUGAACAGAGCUUGAGCUGGAUCUCUGCCCACUCACCCUUCAACCUGGGGUCGUUUGCAGUGCACAAACUGCACAGCCUUCCAUAGAGACCCUGCUGCCUGUCUGUCUGCAGGUUCUAUUCACUUGAAGAAAACAAGACUUGAUUUCAUGGAAUCAUCUCGUUGAGAAAGACCAUAAGAAUUAAACUAGAAGGGGAAGUAAGCACUCCAUGCAAAACAUCUGUGCUUCCACACACUGAAAUAGGAGUUUGGUGGUUAGCAGGUAAGUGACCCUCAAACAGUAGAAUGUCUGUUCAGAUGCUAGGAUGCUGGCUCCAAGUAGAAUAUUUUGCUUUUCUGAUUACCAACUCCUGUCUUUCCAGUUCUUUGUUCUAGUACAGCAACUCCAACAGUCUUUCCACCCCAUUGGGACCUUCAAUCUGUUAACAUCAUAACAUUGUUAUCGUUCUUCACCUCUCCUAAGUCUUUUCUCCUUGCCCUGCUGAAAUGAAUCACUCCAAUCAUUCUUUCUGUAUAUCGGCAACUCUUGCCUCCCCACAUUGCUGCUUCCUGCUGAUUUAACCAAGGCGCACCCCUGGUUAAAUUCAACCCUCCCUCCUUUCUGUAUGCACCUCUGCAGCUGAACUGUGGCUGGAGAAACACAGUCCACAAACAUCCCCCUUCAAAUUCAUGGCCGCUAACCUUGAGUGGUCUUCACUGCUGUGGUCACACGGAACUUCCCUAGUCCAUUCACUCUCCCACUCUGCUGACUGUGUCACAUCUCUGCCCUCAGGAAAAUGAAGCUGCUGGAAGACAGUUUCCACAGGUCACCACCACUGCCUCCACCUACCUAAGCAUUUGCUCAUAUAUGUUUUCUGCCCUCGCUAUUAUUGUUGAAAGAUAAUUUUCUUUUUUAAAGAUGUAUGAUCAUGGUUCUCAUACAAAUAUAAAAUGAACAUGUGUCAAAGAUUUUACUGAACUCAUAAUGAAGGAACCAGUAAGACGUUAGAACCAGUUCAAAAAAUUUUAAAGAGCAGGCACAUAUAUGGAUAAUAAGGCAUGCUAAAAUGAAUUUACAUAUUAAUAGAUGCAAACCUGGCUUCUGUAGUGGGGGAGGAAAAAUCAAUUUUGCCUUCACUGGACACAAUUCAUUUAUAUGUCUAUAGAAAAGAAUUUUUUGCAUUCCUACCAAGUGUCUACAGCGUACAAAGUUCUAAAAUAGCUCAAAGACAAAGUGCAGAUAACCUAAAGAGUGUGCCAGACAAGACACCAGUAAUAUUUUUUGCUCAUUUCAAAGUCAUUGACAAUUUUUUCCCGAAACUAAACAAUCUCUGGGUUUCUACUCAAAGCUAGGCCCUCUUGGACACUAGAGUCAACCUAAGGACGUUGGUUAGCCACUCUUCCUCCUACUAAAUCAGCAGACUUUUACCCUUUCUCAGUUUUCCCAUCAGCAAAAAAUAUCUUUUUAAAACCUACCCCAUUUCCCUCACCAGAUACCACUUGAUUUUUCUGGUGGCCUUGCAGCAAAACUAGAAAGAUUUAUUUUGUUCUUACUAGCUCCAGUUCUUUUUUCUCUCACUGCUAAACCCACUGCAGUCACCUCCAGACCUCACAACUCAACUGACACUGCUCUUGAAAGUCUCCAGUGACCAUGCUAAAUCCAGGGGUCACUUCUCAGUAUUCAUACCGACACAGUAGCAGCGGUCAGUCACUUCACCUUGAUACACUUCCUUUAAUUGACUCCAAUUGUCUGCACACUCUGAGUUUUCCUCCUGCCUCCCUGGCUAUUCCUUCCCAGGUUUAUCUGCAAUUCCUUCUCUUUAUCCUGACUUCUGAAUGUAGGAAUACGGCAAUUCCCAGUUCUUGGUCCCUUUCUCUAUCUUUAGAUGGUGAUCUCAUACAGUCUCAUGACUUUAAAUGCUAUUUAUAUACUGACAACUUCUAAAUAUAUAUAUAUAUCCAGCCUAAACAUCAUUCCUCAACUCUAGACUCAUAUGUCCAACUGCCUGCUUAAUGUCUCUACUUGGUGUGUAGUAAGUAUCUCGAUUGAUGUGAUUAAGUGUGAAUUUCUGAUUUUCCUCAUCCCCACACCCAGUCCUCUACAGUCUUCCCAUAUCUUUACUUACUCAAACUGAAAACGAUGAGGUCUUCCUUGGCGCUUCUCUUUCUCUCAUGCCCCACAGACCAAUCAGUGGCUCUACAUCCAGAAGUCAUCCCUAUUACAUUAACUCUAUGAGCUGCCAUCUUGAUUUCAGCCACCAUCAUUUCUUGCCUAAUUUAUUGCACCAGACUCAUAACUGGUGUCCUGGCUUUCUCCUUUAUUUUCUAUGGCUGAUUCUCAACACAAGCCAGAGUGAUCUUCCAAAAACAUAAAUCAUGCCACUACUCUCAAAACCCUGCAACAGCUCCCAGUUUCUCUCAAAUUAAGGCCAAAAUUACCCCAGUAACCUACUAGCUUCGCAUAUAAUCUGACCCCCAGUCAUCUCUCUUACCUCAUCUCCUAUUCUUACCCUCAUUCCCUCUUCCUACACGCUGGCCUCCGUGCUGUUCCGUAUACAUCAGUCAUGCUCCUAUUUUAGGGCCUUUGCACUGGUUGUUCCCUCUGCCUAGAGUGUUCCUCCCCCAGAGAGCCACAUGGCUAACUCCCUCACCUUCUUCAAGUUACUGUGUUACCUACUGCUGUGUAAUGACGUACUCCAAAUCUUAGCAGCAUAAAACAGCAAACAUCUCUCAUAGUUUCUGUGGGUCAGGAUUUUAGGUGCAACUUAGCUGGGUGCCUCUGCCUCAAGGAUUCACUGCAGUCAAGGUAUCACCAGGGCUGAGGUCCCAUCCCCUGAAGGAGGAUCCCCCUCCAAACUCACUAACGUGGUUGUUAGCAGGACUCAGUUCCUUGAGAGCUAUUGAACUGAGGGCCGGGAGCCUCCCCUAGUUCUCUGCCACAUGGGUCUCUCUGUGGGGCAGCUCAUAGCAUGGGACCCAGCUUCCAUCAGAGGUGAGCAUGCAAGACAGAAGACAACCUCUUUGUACCUGAAUCUUGGAAGUGCCAUCCCAUCACUUUUUCUGUGUCUGUUUGUUGGAAGGGAGUCACUAGGUCCAGCUCAUACUCAAGGAAGGGAAUUAAACAGGCAGGAUUGUCACGAGGGUGUGGGUCAUUAUCUAAGUGGCUGCCUACCAAUCACCUUCUCAAUAGGGUGACUUCCUUAUUUAAUGUUGCAGCCUAACCCUCUCCCUCACGUUUUCAUCUUGCUUUGCUCGCAUGAGCAUUAAUAAAUCCUUACUGUUUUGAGCCACGUAGGUUUGAGAUGGUUUCUUCUGUAGCAAUAGCUAACUGAUGCACUCUUCUAAAAAACACUACAAUGUGCUUUUUUUAACUUACGCUUAUUAUUUGACUAUCUGUCUCCCCUCACUGGAAUGUAAUAUACAUGAGGGCAGGUUUUGUUGUUUUUAUUUUUGUGUAAUUGUUUUGGGCACAGAUGUAUCUCUUGCACUAGAAGAGUGUCUGACACAUAAUAGAUACUCAAUAAAUAUUUGUUCAAUGAAUGCUUCUGUUGUCACUGUUAUCUGCAUAAAUUACUACUCUCCUCCCUUUGUUUGUGGAAUUGCAAUAAUAUCUACCUUACAAAGACUGAGCACAGUCUAUAUUCACAUGUGUAAAAAGUAGUGAUCCAGUUGUGCAUUUAUAUUACCAAGAAGGCAGUAACAAUAUGGUAAGGAGGAAAUAAAAUGAAAUUCAGUCAAAAGAAAUGCUUAGGAAUCCAUAAAUUGUCACAAUCCCAAUCACAAAAUUUUUUAUCAGGUUUUAUAAGAGAAAUAUAGCAUUUGUGGAAAAUUAGUAAAUACAUCUAUUCUUCAAAAUAUUAAGAUUAAAAAUGUGUUUAGUGAAGAGGACAGUGAUUGCUCUUCAACCUGAAGCCUAUAUCUUUAAUUCUUAUUCCUUCCCUACACUUAAAAAAAAAAUCAGCACUUUGAAAUUUAUUGCUUCCUGACCUCUAGACCUAUAUAACCUGUGUCCUGCUAUUAACGAACUCUGACCAUGAUUUUUUUUCUGUGAAAACAAACUUUAUUGCUUUGGAAAGUUUUGAAAAAUAUGGUUGCUUGAAAAAAAAAAAAAGUCUGUUCACAAAAAGACAAAUGCUGUAUGAUUCCACUUAUAUGAGGUAUGAGAUAUUUAAAGUAAUCAUAUUCACAGAAACAGAAAGUAGCAUGGUGGUUACAAAGGGCUGGGGGAGAGGGAGAAAUAGGGAGUUGUUUAAUGGGUAAAGUGGUUCAGUUUUGCUAGAUGAAAAGUGCUGGAGUUCCUUUGUACAAAAAUGUGAAUAUACUGAACACUACUGAACUGUACAGUUAAAAAUGGUUAAGAUGGUAAAUUUUAUCUUACAUGGCUUUCUUUUUUAUUGAAGUAGAUAGUUGAUUUACAAUGUUGUGUUAAUUUCAUGUGUACAGCAUAGUAAUUCAGUUAUUUUUUCUGAUUAUAUUCCAUUAUAGGUUAUUACAAGAUAUUGAAUGUAAUUACUUGUGCUAUACAGUAAAUCCUUGUUGCU